CCUUGAGGAGUUUCGUAUUUUAGGUUUCCUUGAGCUUUUAUUCUUGAAACAUAUGUUCAUGCUCUUGCUUCGUGUGCAUAAGGAUAAGACUAUGUCGGAUUGAACCGAAUAAGCACUCGGGGAAGAAGCGGACUUGAAGCCCCACCAACUUUUGUGGAUAGAUUAGGGAAUUUAAGAGGAGCACCAUUGGCUAGUAUUUCAAUUUUUAUGAAAAGGGAAUGGUCAUUUGGUUCGGAGACGAUGGAGGUCAAUACUGGACAUUCCUGUUCAAACGAGAAACAACGGCUGGAUCGUCGAAAAUCUGCUGAUAAAGGGGAAAAGCCUGCUGAAAAAGAUGCAAGCGGUUCUGCAUUCGUAAAUCAUGCUGCAAUCGCUUGGCAUGAGAAUAGGAAAAGGUGGACUGGGGAUAAAUCUCAACAAUCACGGGUGAUGAGCAAGGAUCAAGUUAUAAGCUGGUCCACAACAUACGAAGACCUUCUCUUGACUAAUGAGCCAUUUUCCCAGCCAAUUCCUUUGCCUGAAAUGGUAGAUUUCCUAGUCGAUAUUUGGCACGACGAAGGGCUGUUCGAUUAGACGAACGAUGACGGAGUACAGGCAUCAGAGACUUUUAGGCGAUU